AUGGAGUAUGAAUUGGAAGCCACCACCGCAUUUGAAGUUGGGACAACAUCUGAUCCCAAUCCGAGCAAGAAGAAGAAGAAGACCAAGACGCCGAAGAAGUCUGGCAAGAAGAGGAAUGAUGGCUCAAGCUCCAACCAAUCAAUUGGGUUGGACGAUGAAGAGGACGAUAUUGUCGUGGAGAAUGGAAAAGCAACCGUGCCAAAGGACAACCGCCAAGUCAUGAGAAACAAGUGGGAGAAGACACGUGCCGCCCGUGAUGCCGCGGCUACCAAAAUGUCAUCAACAUGGACGGGCAUUUUUUCAGUGAGGGAGAACAAGAAGGAGGAGAGGUACAAGAUCAUGUUUGAUGCGCAAAAGGAAAGGAUGGAGUGGGACCGGAAGAGGGUGGAGAAGAAGUUGGAAAUUGAGAGGGGGAAGAUCGAGUUGCAAAAGAAACAAGCGGCGAUCAAAUGGGAGCUGGAUAAGGCCAAGACAUUUGGCGACAUAGAGCUUGAGAAGGAGUGGUUGCAACUCGCACGGUACGCGGAAGAUGUGAGGACCAUGUUGGCCGACGAGACCCUCUAUGAUGAGCAUUCGAAGAAAUGGCUUGUGGACAAGAAGAUGGAGAUCAACGACCGUAAGAAGUACGAGGCGGCGAGGGCGGCUGCGGCCCGGAUGCAGGCGGAGGAGGCAGCCCAGAUGCAGGUGGAGCAGGCAGCUCGGAUGUAG